AUGUCCUCUUCAAUGCAAGCGCUGUACCGCGUCUUUGUGCAACCAGCGCUAUCAACACGCGCACGACCAAUCCCACAAACCUUCAAACCACUUCACUCCAGCACUCGCACCUUCAGUUCCACUGGCUCUUUCGCAGCAGCAGGAAAACGCCUCCCGGAAAAGCGCAAACACCUCUGGGAUGAAGAAAUCCCCGCCCGACGUAUCCAACUCGUAGACCCAGAAACAGAUUCCCUCCAACCACCAACCCGCUUGCGCGAUAUCCUGGCUACCAUCGAUCGCAAGAGCCACCGUAUUAUUUGCGUAACUCAACCACCUGCGGGAAAUUGGACGGAAGAAUGGAUCCCAGUCUGCAAACUCGAAGACAAAAAAGCAGCAUACGAGGCAGAGAAGGAGAAAAAGAAACUCAAACAGCAAAAGGCGGCUGCAGAAGGCACCAAAACGCUGGAACUGAAUUGGGCGAUUGAUCAGAAUGAUUUGGGACAUAGGAUGAAGAGGAUGCAAGAGUUUUUGGGCCAGGGCAAAAAGGUGGAGAUUGUUUUGGCGAGGAAGAAGGGUGGGAGAAGGGCUACUGCUGAGGAGUGUGAGGAAUUGUUGCAGAAGAUUGAUCUGGCUGCUGAGGCUGUCAAGGGUACGAAGGAAAUCAAGAAGUUUGAAGGGAAAUUGGCGGGGAUGGGCAAUCUGAUGUAUGAAGGGCCCAAGCCUUGA